AUGGAAGCUAACGAUUACUGGAGUUUACACCACACGCCUUUGUUUACAAGCAUAGACUGGAGUAAUGGUGGACAAGAAUCCUAUUUGGACUAUGACCCAAAGUCAGCCGUGUCUUAUCAGCAACCAUUGCCUCCACCUCCAUUUCAAAGAAGACGUAGUUCUUCAGUUGAUUUGCCUAUCAAUCCGCUAUUUUUGAAUAAAGUCAUCAAUGAACCAACUAUUAUAGAAGAAGAUUUUCCUUUCAAGACUGACAAAGUUAACUUGACGUUUCCAGCUGAAUUUUCAUAUGAUCAACAUCGCCCAAGCAAUUCAAACACUGAGGGGACCGCUACUACUACUACAAGUACAAAUGCACAUUUGCCUGACUCAUCUUCCUCACCCAUUUCCACAAGCUCUUCUAUUGAAUCACAUAAUUUAUCUCCGACCAUGUUAAACACACAGCAACAACAACCGCAACCACAACCACAACCACAAACCAUCACAUUCUUUCCAGAAUUACAAAAGACAACUUAUAAUAUGGAAUUGGGAAAAAAACUAAGGCAGCAUACAAAAAGAAGAAGGUCCUCUUCUCUACCUCCUGCUUUUCAGGGAAGAAGCCAGUAUAACAAAACUCAGAACCCAGUGAUAUUUGCCAGCGUACAAGUGACAGAUCCUCGUCCCAUUCAGCAUACUUCAAAAGCACUAAAGGUCGAAGCGCCUCCAAUGGCUAUUGAACGUGUACCCAAGAAACCGCAGCCUAAGCCUGUUGUCUUGGACCCUGCGGAGACAAAGAGAAGAUUAGAUGAACAAUUGUUACACGUUAAUUUUGAUGAUGUGACAGUCGCAGAAUUGAAAGAAAUGCUUCGUGAACGUGGUUUGCUGGCCACAGGCAAGAAGGCAGUAUUGAUAGAGAGACUAAAAGAAGCUCGCGAUAGACUGAUCAAGUCAGGAGCCAAUGGAAAGGAGCCUUCUCCUCAAGUUCAGCCGCCCAAAAUACAAGUAACUCAACAACCUGAGUUACCAAAUAAGCCACAGGCAUUGUUGCCAAGACAGCAACCGCAACCGCAACCGCAGCAUACACAGCAACAGCAACAACCUAUACAGCAACCUAUACAACAACCUACACAGCAACCUACACAGCAACCUACACAGCCACAGCAACAGUCACAAUCGCCACAAGCCAUCCUAAGUGCAAGCAAUGGUGCAUGGGCCCUGCAACAGACAGAAUCACCAGCAUUACAAAGUCUAGCCAACAUGACAAUUCAUUCACCUAUACCUGCACAAGAUAGUCUGCUAUCAUCAUCUGUACAAAGCGACACCAUGCUUACAUCAAGCCCCAACUCCAUGUCAUUUAUCGAUCAAGAUAUUGAUAUCAAUGACUUAUUCAAUUUUGAUUUAUCAAGCAUUGAUAAUCCUAAUCAAGGAGAUCUACUGCUCUUUCCUGAUCAUCCAGAAGCACAGCCAUGGAAUAAUGACAUACUCAAUUUUAAUCUUUAUUCAAACGGCAACCAUACCACAGAUAACAGUAAGAAUAACAAUAAUAACAAUAGUAGUAGUAAUAGUAGUAAUGAAUGGAGCCAAAAUAACAUGGAGUCGUAUUUAAUGCAAUAA